AUUAUUAAAAUAAUAGUUUGUGGAAUUUUAUUAUUUGAAUUUAGGUUUUUAAUAAUGUUAAUAAGAUUAUAUUUAUUAUAUUUAAAUAAGGAAUUUUUUUUUGAAUGAAAUAUUUAUACAUUUAAUUCAAUAAAGUUUAAUUUUUUGUUAUUAAUUGAUUAUAAAUCAUUAAUAUUUAUUUUUUUAGUUAGAAUAAUUUUUUCUAUAAUUAUUAUUUAUAGAAUUAGAUAUAUAGAUUUAAGUGAAUUAAAAAUGGAUCGUUUUUUAUAUUUAAUAAUUUUAUUUUUAAUUUCUAUAUAUAUGUUAAUUUUAAGACCAAAUAUAUUAUCAAUUAUUUUAGGUUGAGAUGGUUUAGGAUUAAUUUCUUAUUGUCUUGUAAUUUAUUAUAUAAAAAUAAAAUCAUUUACUUCAGGUAUAGUUACUAUUUUAUUAAAUCGAUUAGGAGAUAUUGGUUUAUUAUUAAUUAUGGGAUUAAUAACAUAUUAUGGAAGAUGAAAUUUAAGUUUUUAUAAAAUAAAUGAAUUUAUAAUGAUUUAUAUUUUAUUGAUAGCUUUUACUAAAAGAGCACAAAUUCCUUUUUCAACUUGAUUACCAAUAGCAAUAAUAGCUCCAACUCCUGUUUCAUCUUUAGUUCAUUCAUCAACUUUAGUUACUGCUGGAAUUUAUUUAUUAAUUCGAUAUGUAAAUUUAUUAGAUUUUAAUUAUAAAAAUUAUAUUAUAUUGAUUGCUAGAUUAACAAUAUUAUUUGCUGGUUUAGUUGCAAAUUUUGAAUUAGAUUUAAAAAAAGUUGUUGCUUAUUCUACUUUAAGACAAUUAGGAUUUAUAAUAAGAAUAUUAUCAAUUGGUUCAACUGAAUUAGUAUUUUUACAUUUAUUUAUUCAUGCAAUAUUUAAAUCAUUAAUGUUUAUAUGUGUUGGUAGGUAUAUACAUUAUAUAUAUAGUAAUCAAGAUAUUCGAAUAUAUUAUGGUAUAUAUUAUAUUUAUCCAAUAAAAAGAAUAAUUUUAAUUUUUUCAAUUUUAAGAUUAUGUGGUUUUCCUUUUUUAGUUGGUUAUUAUUCAAAAGAUUUAAUUAUUGAAAUAUUUUUUUUUAGAAAAAUAAUUUAUUUUUCAAUAAUUAAUUUAAUUAUUGGUACAAUUUUUACUGUAUCCUAUUCAUUUCGAAUAAUUUUAGUUUUAACUAGAAAAUUUUUAAUAAUAAAUGUUAUUUAUAGAAAAGAAGAUAAAAUUAUAUGUAUUUCUAUGAUGAUAAUAAUAAUUUUUAGUUUAAUUUAUAGAAAAUUAAUUUUUAAUUUAAUAAAUUUUAAUUUAUUAGGAAUUAAUUUGUUAAUAAUUUAUAAAUUAAUAGUUUUUAAAAUAAUUAUAGUAGGAUUAAUUAUAGGAUUUAAUUUUUAUAAAUUAAUUUUAUUAAAUAAUAAAAUUGGUUAUUUUAAAAUAUCUUUUUUAUUUAUAAAUUUAAUUUAUAAAAUUAUUUAUAAAAAAAUUAUUAUAAUAAUAUUUACUUAUGAAGUUUAUAUUGAAAAAUCAAUUAUUGAGAUUUUAUCAAGAAAAUUUAUAUCAGUUACAUUGAAUAUUUAUGAAUUAAAAAUUUCAAAUUUAAUGAUUAAUAUUUAUUUAACGAUUUUAAUUUAUUUAAUUUAUUUAUUAAUUUAUUUAAUUAAUUUUUAA